AUGGGAUCCGACGCGUCGGAGGUGUACGUGGGCAGCAUCGAUCAGGGCACCACCAGCACUCGCUUCCUCAUCUUCGACAAACAGGGUGAGAUCGUCGCAUCUCAUCAGGAGGAAUUCCAACAGAUUUAUCCCAAGCCGGGCCGACACGAACACGACGCCAACGAGAUCUUCCAGUCCGUCCAGAACUGCAUCGAAGGCGCGGUGAAGAAAUUCGAAUCGGACGGCCAUCGCAAAGGCGCCAUCAAAGCCAUCGGCAUCACCAACCAACGAGAGACGAUCGUAUGCUGGAACAUCAAGACCGGCGAGACGAUCCACAACGCCAUCGUCUGGACCGACACGCGGACGGCAUCCAUCGCCCGGGAACUCAGAGCGAGACCGGGGAGCGACAAGAUCAAGGACCUAUGCGGCCUCCCGUUCUCCUCAUAUCCCACCGUCACCAAACUGCUCUGGCUGCUCAAAAACGAUGAGACGAUUCGGAAGACCUACGAGGCGGAGGAGCUCGCCGUCGGCACCGUCGACUCUUGGCUGACCUACAAGCUCAACGGCGGUGCGCGAAACCCCGUCUUCGUCACCGAUGCCUCCAACGCCAGCCGCACCAUGCUCAUGGACCUUCACACCGUGUCCUACAGCGACGAGCUGUUCAAGUUCUUCUCCUACGAGUUCGACCUCCACAAGAUCCACUUCCCGAAGAUCGCCAAGUCGUCCUGCGCGGAGUCCUACGGGAGCAUCGCCGACGGGGCCCUCCGAGGCUGCCCCAUCGCCGGCUGCCUGGGCGACCAAUCCGCCGCGCUCGUCGGGCAGAAGGGCUACGAACCCGGCAGCGCGAAGAACACCUACGGGACGGGGUGUUUCCUGCUGUACAACGUCGGCGGGACGCCGGUCAUCUCACGGCACGGGCUGCUCGCGACCGUGGCGUACGAUUUCGGCACGCCGACCUAUGCCCUCGAGGGCAGCAUCGCCGUGGCCGGCUCCGGCGUGAAGUUCCUGAUGAAGAACUUCGGCUUCGGCGACUCCUCCGAAGCCAUCACCGAAUUGGCGGGCUCGGUGGAGGACAGCGGCGGGUUGGUCUUCGUCACGGCGUUCAGCGGGCUCUUCGCGCCGUAUUGGAUCGACGAUGCGCAAGGCACCAUGUUCGGCAUCACCCACCACACCUCCCGCGGCCACAUCGCGCGCGCCACGCUCGAGGCCGUCUGCUUCCAGACCAAAGCGAUCCUGCACGCGAUGGAGCAGGACAGCUCGCGGCGGCUGCACGGGCUCACCGUCGACGGGGGGAUGGCGCAGUCGGACCUGUGCAUGCAGAUCCAGGCGGACAUCAGCCAGCGGCCGAUCGCGCGCCCCAAGAUGCUGGAGACCACCGCCCUCGGCGCCGCCAUCGCGGCCGGCCUGGCGCUCGGCGUGUGGACCGGCCUGGAGGAACUGAAGGGGGCGAGCGAGGAGGGCGGGACGGUCUUCGAACCUGCCAUCGGUCGCGCCGAGAGCGAGAGGUCGUUCGCGAGGUGGGAGCGCGCCGUGCGCAUGUGUCGGGGCUGGCUGGAGGACGGGGACGAGGAGAAGGUCGGUGAUGUUGAUGAUGAUGAGACUGCUCACGAUGGAGUCGAGAAGAAGGACGAGUAG